UUCUUUCUUUACAAUUCUUCAAAGACAUUGCCUAGCAAUGGAGAGUUGCUCCCUACAUUCACAAACUGUAACCACAGUUCCAUCUUCCCCUUCCCUAAGUGGGCUCAUUGAAAAACCUUUUGUACAUGGUCAGCUCAUCAAACUUCCCUAUUCCAAGAGUUACCCACAUGCCAGAAAGCUAAAAAUUUUUAAUGUCAGAGCUCAAGCCUCAGGCACAACAAAGGUCCAGUCAGAGGCAGUUGGAGCAGUGUCAAAGAAAGAAGAUUUGAAAGAUGAAAAUCUUGUAUUUGUUGCUGGAGCUACUGGUAGAGUUGGUUCACGAACAGUGAGGGAGCUUUUGAAACUAGGGUUCCAAGUCAGAGCUGGCGUGAGGAGUGCUCAGAGAGCAGAAACUCUUGUGCAAAGUGUUAAACAAAUGAAGCUAAAUGUUGAAAAUGCAAGUGAAGGAACUCAGCCUGUAGAAAAGCUUGCACUUGUGGAAUGUGACCUAGAGAAACGAGAUCAGAUUGGUUCAGCAUUAGGCAAUGCAUCAGUAGUCAUAUGCUGCAUUGGUGCCAGUGAGAAGGAGGUCUUUGAUAUCACUGGACCAUAUCGAAUCGACUACCUGGCUGCCAAAAACCUUAUUGAUGCAGCAACUGUUGCCAAAGUUAAACACUUCGUUUUACUUACCUCACUGGGAACAAAUAAGGUUGGGUUUCCUGCUGCUAUUCUGAAUUUGUUUUGGGGAGUCCUGAUUUGGAAAAGAAAAGCGGAAGAGGCACUACUAGCCAGUGGACUUCCCUACACUAUAGUGAGACCUGGAGGCAUGGAGCGGCCUACUGAUGCUUACAAGGAAACUCAUAAUAUAACCCUCUCACAGGAAGAUACUUUAUUUGGUGGCCAGGUGUCCAACCUUCAGGUGGCAGAGCUUAUGGCAGUCAUGGCCAAAAACCGCAGCCUUUCAUACUGCAAAGUAGUGGAGGUAAUUGCAGAGACAACUGCACCAUUGACUCCCAUGGAGGACCUUCUUGCAAAGAUACCAUCUCAACGUGCUGAAAUUUACUCACCAAAGGAAUCAGGUGCUGCAGGUGGGCCUGGUUCAUCACCAUCUAAGACUGUCGAGUCCAAGGAAUCAAGCACUCCCAUCAAGAAAGAUCCUUCUGUUGCAAAAGCAUUGGCAACAGAACCACUCUCCCCUUAUGUUGUUUAUGAUGAUCUGAAACCACCUGUAUCUCCUACUCCAACUCCACCUGUUGUUCAGAAAACUAUAAACAUUAUCAAUGAUGUACUUUCAAAGCCUGAUACUUCAGAUACUGAAACAAGUGCAACAGGGAUGAAAACUGGCACCACUGAGACAAAACCUGCCCCAGAAGAACGCCCAGUUAAAAGGCCUCUUUCACCUUAUGUUGCUUAUGAAGAUUUGAAACCACCUAGCUCUCCAUCCCCAGCACAAAGUGGUCCCAAAGUAACAUAAGGUGCCUCAACACCAGUACAAGUUGUUUCAACAUCUACUGGAGGCAACUACGUAGCAAAGACCAUUGUGACUGGUGUUAUUGAAAAGGUUCCUCCACAGAGUUCAACUUAUCAUGAUUCACCCUACCCUGUAUAUGAUGACCUUAAGCCUCCCACAUCACCGUCUCCUACUGUACCAACUACAUCACCCCUUCCAACAUUGGAGGUAGAUGGCCAUUACAACAUGGCUAAUUUGUCAAUCAACAACAUAGCUCAGUCUCCAACAGAAGAUAAACCAAGGGAGCAGCAUCACACAGGACCAAAUCCAAGUCCACUUUCUCCUUUUACUAUGUAUGAUGACUUGAAGCCUCCAACUUCCCCAAUCCCAUCCCCAAGGAGAUCUUAGAGAAAUAACUGCCAAUCACUUUCAACAAGAACCAUUGAAGUAUAUCGCAAUGUUGCAGUGUGGAGUCUAUACAGGUUUACUUGUAAUUAAUGAAGAGGCAAGCAACUGAGAUUCCGGGAGUAGCUUCUAAGGAUAAUUCUUGUUAAUGCCAACAUUAAUCCUUACCUACAAUUAUUCCUUUUCUACAUUUUUCUUCCUUUAAUUUUCUUUGCAAGAUGUGAAACAGCAAGUUCAGCUUGACUUAAUUGAAUAAUAAUAAAUCAUGUUUCUAAUAGUUUCUUAUAA